GAAGUCAGGCACAGAUCUAGAGGGAGGUCUGGAUUGGAAAAAAUCGGAACCAGUGCGCGGCCCAUUUCACAUCCGAUGUGUUCGAAAACAGGCAGAGGAUGCAUCUGAGAAGAACGGCAGUCCCUACUAUACCUCUCGGGGAAGAACAACGUAGUCCUUCUACAAUAACUGGCAAAACGGAACAUGCUCAGGUGUCUUCACCAGAUUCUGCAGCUCCUUCAACCUCCUACCUCCAAUCAAACGACCCAGGGGAGGGCAGCAGCCACACAAGGCCGACUCCAGAAUUUUUACCCCACUCUCCAUGUCCUAUGACAUCACCCAUCCAAUCGAACGAGCCAAGGGAGCCCAGCUGCCAAACAAGAUCCGCUCACAUGCUGCACUUUCCAGCUAAUAUAAGCUCCUCCUUCCCUUUCAGGGACAUGAGAGACAUCAGCGGCCACACAGAACCCACUGUUGGGUUUGCAUCCCCAACGCCUAUAACAUCCCUCCUCCAAUUGAAGGAGCCAGGCAAAGCCAGUGAAAUCUUUUCUGAGGAGGCAGCUCGUACAAAAGCUGGUGCGGUAGCUUCCACAUCUGGCACAUCUAAAGGGACAUCAUCCCCUUACAGUGCUCCUCAAAGAACCAAUUCCUCCACGUCUGGUACAACCCACAGGCGGAGACGUCUCCACGGGCAAAGAACGCCUCGAUCAUCCUCCCUGAUUCAUCAGCUUCAGGUAUCAAGGGAUCGCCUACGACGUGCGCUGUCUCGAAGCCGUGCAGCAGUUCGUUUUGGGGGCCUCGCAAGAAGUCAGAUAGUGUAUGCAGCAUCACGGUAUCUGUCAAAACGUUCUCUCAGUCUGUUUCGUGUUCAGCUCUAUCUGCAGCCUUUGAACAGGUUUGGUCAGAUGUGGCCCCCCCAGCUUAGGCGCUACGCUCUUAACUUGCAUUUCAUGUACCCUAGGGCAUACCACUACUUUAGUGGAAUGCUGUCAUUGCCAUCUGAGAGUUCCCUGAGGAGUUGGCUAGAAGACACUUAUCUGGAACCUGGAGUCAUGCCUUUGGUCCUUCAAGGACUUAAGACAAGACUCCAAGGACUGCCAAUAAAAGAUCGCACGUGCGCAAUGAUAUUUGGUGAAAUGUCCAUAAAGGAACAUCUACAUUACGAUUCUGGAUCAGACACAGUUUAUGGCUUUGUAGACACUGGAAAAGAAAGGAACUCUCAGAUGGCAAAGUCAGCACUGCUUAUAGUGAUCGCAGGGCUAACGAAACCUUGGGUUCAGCCCUUGUCAUAUGUUUUCUCAAGGUCUUCCAUGUCAGCAGAUGUUCUGAAUGAUUUGGUUCAAAGCUUGAUUAAACAGCUUCAUUCAUUGGAUGUUUUCGUCAAAGUGGUUGUCUGUGAUCAGAGUGCCAGCAACUGUGCAUUGGCUAGCAAACUUGAAGUCUCCCCAUCUAAACCAUAUUUUUGUGUUGAUGGGUCGAAAGUGUACUGUAUUUUUGAUCCAGUACAUUUAAUGAAGGCUACACGGAACCUGCUGUUGAAACAUGACCUCCAGGUUGGAAAUGCCCAACACAAAGUUCAGUGGAGCUUCAUUAAAGAGUUCCAUGAAUCCGACCAUCCCUUAAAGGUCCGACUGGCACCUAAGUUGACAGACAACCACAUUAACCCCACAGAAUCCAGUCACACGAAGAUGGAACUUGCAACACAAGUACUGAGCGAUAGUGUUUCCACUGGGAUCGCUGCCCUUAUUAGCAUGGGGUGUAUGCAUCCAGCAGCCACUGAGACUUCAGGUUUCCUCCUCAAGAUGGAUGUACUGUUUGACUGUUUAAACAGUUCAUCCGUUCGACAGGGUGAUGACAAAAAAAUGAGGUUUGCAAUCAGCGAUUUCACCAACCAUAAGGAGUUACUAGAGUCUGCAGUACAGUGGAUUGCACAGUGGAAAUUCGACAGUGACGUGCAACCUGCCACAGUUACGGGGUGGCAAGUCACAAUUCGUGCAGUACUUGCAUUGUGGGAAGACCUUCGCCAAAAUUUCGGUUUUAAACAUCUGCUGACACGGAGGCUCAACCUGGACCCUGUGGAAAACAUGUUUGGUCAAUUCCAGCAAAUGCACGGGUGUGAUGAGACACCAAACGCGUUUGAGUUCAUUGCAGGCCUCAAGUGUUCCCUUGCAGGGAACCUCACAGGGCUUCCAAGCAGAGGGAACUGCGAGGCGACUGAACUUCUAAACGAGCUGUUGCACAUGCCGGUUUCCUCAGCUGCAAGCACUCCUUGCGAGCCUGUCUCUGAAGGGGUGUGUGCAGCUGAAGAAAUAGGGGCUGAACAUGGAAUGCGUGAUGUGCAGGAACCAGACUACAUUAUUGAGGCUAAUGCACGGUACGCUUACGCAGGGUCCCUGGUUCACUCUUUCUUGCAGAAGUCACAAUGCCCGAACUGCCCAAACUUGUUGAAGGCUGCAGACGAAGGACUUCAAAGACCAGAAAGUUCAUGCACUCACUUGCAAAGUGAAUCAGAUAGCUGUGGCAGUAGACUUUGCGCCCCAUCGGAUGCAUUGUUUGCGUGGUUUUGCAAGUUAGAAGACAUAUUCUUAUUGGAGGUUGCAAAUGUUCUACACAGGAAAGGAGUAAAAGAACGCCUUAUAAGUGCAUUCACAGGGACCAGUCAUGAGCCGUUUUGUUGCGGAGCAUGUCGAGCCAAUUUCUUAUCUUUUUUUGCCACAAAGAUGAUACAACACCAUGUCAGACUUAGAAACAGAGAGGCUGCAGAGGGUGCUCACUAAACGUGCGAGCAGAGGAAACAAAGGAAACAAAAAAGGCUUCCUACAAAGUUACAGUUUCAGACAUGCCCCAUGAUGCUCCAUCAGUCUCCUCGCCUGAAAUGUAGAGCAUAUGAAAAGAACACAUUUAUGAGUUGCACCCUCUCUUGAUGUCUCCCAAGCUUUACAUAGAACGCAUCAGUCUGUCCACUUGAGGAUCCUUUCAUGUAUGUCAGGCAUUUUGUUCACCCAAAGCCUAUGAUAUGCCAAUAUGGUUCAGCUUUUACUUUGAGAUGCAUAGUUAAUGGCAUCAAGUAGUGUCUGCAAAUUUUGUAUCAUUUGCUUCCAAAUAGUGUUGGAAAAUGUAUCAAGUGUGUGUCAGUGUUCUGUGUUGAUGCCUCUUUUGCUGUGUACUCUUGCAUGAAACCUGCAAUGGAAGUCAUAUCUUGAGAACCACUUUGAAGCUAAAUGGCUUAUCUUUACUUUACUUUGCAUAUGCAUAGCACUGUGACAACCAGGGAUUCUAGUUUUUCACAGUAAAAAUAUCCAAACAGCAUGCUAAGACGUGUACAAAUUCUGUCUUUCCACAGCAGAAACGACACUGGCCCCACAAUGGCAUAGUCCUCUCUUUUUGCAACAAAAACUUUGCCAAUAUGGUCAAACUUUACAUAUUGAGGCUUCAUACUGUGUUACCUGCACCACCAGCACAUUAACAUCUUUACGUCAGCUACUUCCUGUCAGCUCCUGAACCUGGCUUCAUUUUCCUUUCUCAGGUGCUUAGUUUGGGAGCCAAGAAAAACCUAAAAUUUUUUGGCUCUAGGUAACUUUAUUGAGCGAGAAUCUCCCGAACCAGGGUUACCAUUGGUAUUAAGUGUUGGCAAGUUAGUAUUGCUGUUUUUUUCUUUCGUGGAUGAAAUUUUGCAUGAUCAGAAAUAUGCUUUUUUGAUUCUUUUGUGGUGUUACGAUUGGCUGCAGCAAUGUGCAGGUCUGCAUGAAGCAGCCUUUGUCUGCUAUGGUGCGUUAGCCAACAAAUCGGCAGAAAUUUGUCAGUCUGGAAACAAAAUGUGUGUCUUUCACUAGCGAUGUAACGAUAUGCGAGUGACAGUACCCACUGAAAUGCCACAUCCACGUUCUACCGAGCUUUCCCUGACCAACGACAUCCUAGGAUCCCUGGCGAUAACUUUAGAUGACCUGGGUACAGUAUUGUGUAUGCACUGGACUACCAUAGUUGCCUUUAAUGUUGUCAUUCUGAAGAGUUUGUUUUGGAGCUUGAAGCUGCGACGAUACUGUUUGGUUGUGUUUUGUAACAAAUGUAGUGUUGUGUCCGUGCAUGACUUGUGCCCAUGGGCGUACCGAGAGGGGGCAGAGCCCUGGGAAUGCCCAUAACCAAAGUCAGUGAAAUACUGUAUCUGGACAAAGGGGUUACAUAUGCUUUUAACUAAAGCUUCCUUUGUAAGACAUGAGCUACAAUGACAUGGCAUGUACAUAGACAUCUUUGCAUUUUUGGUGCUACAUAUUAGCAUAUGUAACGCAUACAAUGGAACAACACGAGCUAUGGUAUCUACGUUCCCUUGUUCGUUCACAGGCAGUUGUGUUUCGCACUAAGCGAUUGACAUAACCAAAUAAAUAUUUAUUUUG